CCGGCCACCAAUCUGCAAAAGUCCAUUGACCCGGAUGACGCCAGCAUUCUCGAAGUUAUUAGGGAUACUCCGCGAUUCGAUCACGUUCAUUGGCUCUAUAGUGUAGUGUGUAAAUAUAAAGUCAAGCGCAUGUUCACGGGAAUUUCACUUCGCGACGGUCACAGUCUGGUGUAUCUGACGGUUCGAGUUAUCUUGUCUGGAUUGCCAGUUUUCUUGAUAGGGGUUUUCUCUUUUUCUUCUUCGGUGAUUGUUGCAGCAAUAGCGAAAAGCUCAACAGUUCUUGCUGCCACGCGAUGAAGAGAUUCGUCCUCCCGCUCGUAGCUGGGGUCAUAUUACAACAGCCCGCCUCGGCGCUCAACUUCUCCACGCUCGUGGUAUUUGGAGACAGCUAUACCGACAAUGGGGUGCACUCGUAUACCCCGGACGCCAACGGCACCGUUGGCACGCCGAAAUCCGUAACCUCAACCGGCGGCCGUAUCUGGCCCGAGUAUGUCGGCCAGUACACGGGCGCGCACGUCUACGACUACGCCGUGUCAGGCGCCGUGUGCGACAAGACCAUGGCGCCGCGGCGCAACGCCGUCUCGCAGGACCAGGUUGCCAGCUUCCUGGCGGACGACACCCACGUGUCCAACGCAACCGGGGCGGACGUGCCCGCGCUGGUCAACGACCCGGCCGACACCGUCUACGCCGUCUGGAUCGGCACCAACGACCUCGGCAACGGCGGCUUCCUGACCGAGGUGCAGCAGCCCGGCACCCUGGCCGCGACGGGCUACGUCGACUGCGUGUUCGCGCAGUUCGACCGCCUCUACGCCGUCGGGGCCAGGAACUUCAUCCUGCUGAAUGUCGCGGCCCUCGACAAGAGCCCCCAGUACGCGCUGCCCGCGAACGGAGGGUUGAACUCGAGUCAGUUCUGGACGGAUAAGGUGGCGUAUGACUCGAAUAUUACGCGUAGUAGCGAGAAGAUUAGGGAGUAUAGCACCUUGGUCAAUGCCGUGUAUGAGUAUCGGCUGCCAUAUGAGGUCAAGAUUGCGGAGAGAUACCCGGGGAGCUGGUUUGGUUUGCUGGACGUUCAUUCGCUGUUCGAGGAUAUCUGGAGCAAUCCGUCGUCAUACCUGAACGGCACCGUACCGCUGAAUGUCACCGGAUGGGUAGCAUCGUGUAAGAGCUCGACGUGCUCGGACCUGGCGGCGAGGGAUAGCUAUAUGUGGUAUGACGAGCUUCAUCCUUCCGAACAGACUGAUCGAGUUAUUGCUCGUGAGUUUGUGAACGCCGUUUCUGGGAAAAGUAACUGGACAACUUACUGGAGUGAUGUGUGAGAGCAGGGCCGUGGUAAGAGCGCAAUAUCCUGAUCAAAAGUGUGGCGGUCUCGAGAAACAAUUCUCCAGCCAUAUACUUAGCAUUCCAUCCUAAUCGAAGUUCACUG